AAUCCACUUCUCUCUCUCCCUCUCUUCCUCUCUCUCUCUCUCUCUCUCUCCACGUCCUCACACUCUGAGGGGAUCGAUCACCUCCACCAGGAAACACGAGUCAGACUGGGAGAAGCAGGAGCUGCAGCCUCCUGAUGAUUUCACUCAUUUUCUCUUCUCCUCGGUCGUUUCCAGCUCGGAUCUGAAGCAGAGGAAGUUUUUUGUUCCAUGAGGAUCCGACACCGUGUUUCUCUCUCUCUCCCCCUCUCUCUCUCUCUCUCUCUCUCUCUCUCUCUCUCUCUGCCACGUUUUCACAUCAUAACGGGAGCUCCUGCAUCCAUCGAUACUUUUUCCCCUUCACCGCCAGGACGUGUAGAAAGUUAGUUUUGUGAACUUUUUUCCUUUUGGAGGGGCGGUAGUUUGAAGAAACCAGAAUGCUGCCCCAGCUCCUCACCCUGGCCUGUGCGGUCUGCUGCUUUGGUUUUACCUCGGUCUCUGCAGACGUGCUGAAAGCUGAGGCUUGGCUGCAGUCGUACGGUUACCUGCCUCCGGGUGACGUCAGAGCUCAGGCCAUCCGCUCGCCACAGUCCAUCCAGACAGCGAUAGCCGGCAUGCAGAGGUUCUAUGGUUUGACCGUCACCGGCUCCAUAGACGCCAACACGUUAGAGGCGAUGAGCCGGCCGCGGUGUGGCGUCCCCGACAAGUUCGGCCCGGAGCUGAAGACGAACCUGAGGAGGAAGAGAUACGCUGUUCAGGGUCUGAGGUGGGACAAGUCGGAGGUGACCUUCAGCAUACAGAACUACACCCCCAAGAUCGGGGAGCAGGCCACGUAUGAGGCCAUCCGAAAGGCCUUCAGGGUUUGGGAGAGCGCCAUCCCGCUCACCUUCAGGGAGAUCCCCUACAGCCACAUCAAAGGCAAGGUCGACAAGUUCGCCGACAUCAUGCUCUCCUUCUCCGAGGGCUUUCACGGAGACAGCACGCCGUUCGACGGCGAGGGCGGCUUCCUGGCUCACGCCUACUUCCCCGGACCCGGCAUCGGGGGGGACACGCACUUUGACCUCGCGGAGCCGUGGACCAGCAGCAGCGACGACCAGGGAGGUAACGAUGUUUUCCUGGUGGCCGUCCACGAGCUGGGUCACGCUCUGGGUCUGGAGCACUCCAACAACCCGUCUGCCAUCAUGGCGCCCUUCUACCAGUGGUUUGAAACCGAGAACUUCCAGCUCCCCGACGACGACCGCAGAGGCAUCCAGACGAUUUAUGGAACUAAGACCGGGGCUCCUCCUCCUCCUCCUCGACCCACAAAAGCGUCCAAACCCGAAAAACCAGACAAUGGCCCGGACAUCUGCGAGGGACACUACGACACCAUCGCCGUCCUCAGAGGGGAAAAGUUUGCGUUUAAGGACAAGUGGUUCUGGCGUGUGCGUAACAACAAGGUGCUGCCCGGCUACCCGAUGCCCAUCGGUCACUUCUGGAAGGGCCUGCCCUCAAACAUCAACGCUGCCUACGAGAGGGAUGAUGGGAAGUUUGUCUUCUUCAAGGGAGACAGGUACUGGGUUUUCAGCGAGUCCACCAUGGACAAAGAUUCUCCAAAGAGUCUGGCCGACAUGGGCACCGGCCUCCCCACAGACAAACUAGACGCUGCCCUGUUCUACACACCCACAGGACAGACGUACUUCUUCAGAGGCAACAAAUAUUACCGCUUCAACGAGCAGACUCGCUCCGUGGACAGCGGCUACCCGAAACCCAUCAGCAUGUGGAGCGGAGCGCCAGAGAACAUCAAGUCUGCCAUCAUGAGUGAGGAUGGAUCCUACACGUAUUUCUACAAAGCCAACAAGUACUGGAAGUUCAACAACCAGUACAUGAAGGUGGAGUCCGGCUACCCCAAGUCCGUGCUCAGCGCCUGGAUGGGCUGCGAGAGCGAGGAGCCCAAGAAGGGCCGGGAGGAGGUGAUCAUCAUCGAGGUGGAAGAGUCGCAGAGCGGGGCCGGGCCCAUCGCCGUGGUCAUCCCCCUCCUCUUACUGGUGCUGGUGGUGGUCACCCUGGGAGCGCUUUUGUUCUUCAGGAAGUACGGCACGCCCCGACGCCUCCUCUACUGCCAGAGAUCCCUCCUGGACAAGGUGUAGGCAGAGCGACGGGGCGACCGAGAGACUGCCGCAGAGGGAGAGAGAGAGAGAGGAGAGAAAAACGAGGGCCGAGAGACGAUGGAAACAGAGAGGGGGGGAGGGGGGGAGAGAGAGCGAGCGGAGGAAAAAAGACAGUGUUAAGUGUUUGGUGGUUUUUUUAUUUGCCACGACAGAGCGGAAAAAAAGGAGAAAGGCCCAAGGAACUGAAAUCAGGAAAUAUGCGUAUUUGUAUGUUAACUAUUUACUUGUACUGUGUCAGGAGGUUGAAGAUCAAAGCCACCGUCUCACGUAGAGAAGGGAAAGAUGCAAAGACUCACCUCUCCUCUCUCACGUCCCAGGUAUUCAGAACAACAGAAACAUCCCUCCACGCUUCCUCGACUUUAACUGGACGACUCCAGCUGAACUGCUGUCUGAUUCAUGACUCCCCCCCCCCCCCCCUGGAAACUUCACAAUUCUGUUUUUUAACUCAUAAAUUCAUCGUUUCCUGUUUGCUGUCAAGUCCAUUGUAUUUUUUUCAUGCAGAACAUUAUUGUUUGAAUUAGACAUUAAUUCUUAAAAGUUCUAAAGACGAACCAUGAAAUAUCGCCUGUGUUAGCAUGAUUUUGUUUUCUACCACUAAAUAGAAUCUGAGUUUUUCGGUAAAGCCAGAAAUCCAAAUCAUCUAGUACUCAUGUACUUGUACUUAUGGUUGUGUAACAUGUGAGAGCUUUGGCUUCAUUUUGUUUACGCAAAAAAAGUGAAGCAAAUAUUCACAUUUCUCAAAGUGUUCUCAAUUAUCGUGUAUCAGCUCUAUUGUACAACAUUUUUAAAGGAGACAUAUGAAUUUUAGUUGUAAAAGUUCUACAAAGUUAAGAAGCCUUCUCUCCUCGACAGAAAACACUGAAGCAUCAGUAGUCCGCUCUAUAGUGAUGUCACAAUGCUCCACCCACUGGCUAAUCUGACACGCCCCUUUUCAAACAUUCGAUCUGGCCAAUCAGAGUUGAAUGGGCUUCAUAGAAAGGGGGGGGGGGCCUUAAAGAGACAGGAGCUUAAACGAAGUGUUUCAGACAGAGGCUGAACAGAGGAGCUCCAGAGACAGACAGAAUAAUAGAGCAUCCAAACAUUUUUAAAUAUUAACACAAGUUAAAAUUAUGAAUCUGGCUCUGAGCAGAAUAUGUCUCCUUUAAAAAAGCAUAAAUCAUUAACAACCAACAGGAUUCUCUCUCAUCUGCUAAAGAUGUUUCAGUUAUUGUUUAGUUUUUUCUGGGUGAAUUUAACGCAGCAGACUGAUGUCACGUCCCUUCUGCCGUUAGGAAUAUUGGUAUCGAUGGUUCCAGACUUCUGAACAUGCACACGUGUGGUUUAUGAUUCAUAUUCGAUCAAUCAGAAGCGAUUUCCCUCUUGAUUGUCACGUCCAAAAACGUUUUUUCUGCAGCUGCGACUCCAGAACUCGUCCUCCAGUUCAAGCAGUCAGACGGGAACUUGAUUCUUUCUCUUUCGUGACGUUUUAACUCACAAACAACGGUUUUGAAAACAUUCCAGUACUUUUGCUGUGGAGCACAGCUGCUUGUCCGAACGGGUCAGUGAGCGGUACAGUUUCCAACAAUAUGGUGCAAUUUAUUUGUAAUUAUUAUCGUUGCUAUGGGACAUUGUUGUUAUUAUAAGUAUGGUUAUUGUUAUUAUUGUUCUCGUUGGUAAGGUUAUGAUUUUUUUUUGAUUUUUUUUUUUGUGCAUUGUCAUAUGGAGUCCUGCUGGACAGAGGCAUAACAUGACAAUGGUGGAGGCGAAUCCCAGUUUACAUUCAGCACGUGGUGAAUUAGAUCCGAUCAGAGGGUGAAUGUUGGCACAGAAUAACAAACGAUGCUAUUUAUGAACUUUGACACUGAUGGUGAUCAAUGGUUUUAUUUUAAAGGUUUUUUUUUUAACUCAAAUCAAAAUUGAAGGUGAAUUGAUGCAGUUAAUAACAAUGAUAAUGGUAAUGAUAUUUAUAAUGAUGAUCAUAUCAAUAAAGUGGAAUGAGAUUUUUUUUUUUUUUUUUUUGUUCCUGUCUGUUUUUCACUUUUGUAUUUCAGUAGAUAAAGUGAAAUUAAACUAUUUUCUACAAACAGUC